CCCAAAAUAUAAAUAUUAUUACAAACUGACCCACUCUCACGACGGACCCGAGCUCCUGGUACUACAAAUCCUAAUCCCGUUCGUAAGGGUUUCUGCUUUGACCCAAAAAAGUUGGGACUAAGACAACUUUUUUUAUUUCAAACAUAAAAGACUAAACUUUGGAGGUAUUACAAUCCAUUCUUCUUCCACACACAAAGUGUUGAACUAGCUUUGUUUCAUCACACUCUAUCUCCCUCUCUCUCUCUCUUAUCCAGAGAUACUUGGAUGGCGCUCUGAGUGAAUGCCGACCACCCAAUCAGCACCAUGGACUUGACUUGAGUGGUGCCAUAACCUCUUUAUUUAUGUUUUCAUUACCGCUUAUUUUGAUCUUGCAUUUCUAGUUGUGCCGGAAUCCCUUUGUUCCUGUUUCCCUCACCAGUUUUCCUGAUCUUGUGUUUCUGCAUGAGGUCUACUGGGUUGCAGUACUGGUCCGGUGGUCCACCUAAAUCAGUAUCAGUUAGUAUCGGUUUCAGCAAUACUGAAUGAAUGCAGACCUCGAUGAAUGGAGAAGUGUCGACUGGAAAGUGGGCAAAAGCACGCCGGCGUUGUCAAUUGACAUCUCCUUAGCAAAGAGAGAUGACGUGCGCCGACCGCGUCUUUUGCUUCUUUUCUUUCUCUUUCACCUUCGAUGAUCAACGUCACCAAUGGCAGCGACGCCGGGGAUCGACCAUCCCACGCCUUUCGUAUCUAUUGACUUUUCUUCUUGUGGUUCUGCAAUCUCCUGCAUUUGUUUAUGCGAGCGAUCAAGAGGCCGUUUCCUACGUUGAAAGUCUUAUGAGAAACAACUCCUACAUCUACAGUAACUGCUCCACAAGCGCAGAUGGGUGGUCGCAGACGUACGGGCAAAACUUGGAGCGGCUAUUUAGCUCCCUCAUCGACUCCGUUUCCAACACUGGCUUCUUCAACACCUUCGUUGGUGAGGCGCCGAACACGGCCUAUGGCCUCGUGCUCUGUGUCGGCUACGUCCCAGCCGAUGUAUGUCGGAACUGCACAACUAUCGCCGCCCAGACGGUCAAGCUCAAAUGCCCAAAUCGCAGGUCCGCCAUGAUAUGGCACUCGUCCUGUCUGCUUCGUUUCUCCGAUACGCGAUUCUUCGGGAGCAUUGGUGGCAACGAGAAGGUGUCGAUAUUACCCAAAUUGAGAACCAAUUCUGCCGACCCAACGGCUGCCCGGAUUUUUAUGAACUCAUUAAUGACGGAUGCUGCCAAGGACCCAAACAUGUGGGCUACCAGGAUACAGCAGAUGGAUGGCUAUACCAGCUAUGGAAUGGCGCAGUGCACCAGAGACCUUAUCCCGGUGGAUUGCAUGGCGUGCCUCCAAACUUAUACCAAACAGAUAGAAAUUGAGAAAAAUAACAUAGAAGAACGACCAUGGCGGUUUCUUUCCGCGAGCUGCGCGAUGGGGUAUGACACCAAGCUUUUCUUUCUAACCUCACAGGUGCCGCCUUCGCCAUCGCAUCCAGAAAGAAUAAGUAACAAUGACAGACGGAGGAAACGCAUGAUCGCCAUAAUUAGCUCCACAGUGGGGAUUCUACUGCUAGCAAUUGGGAUCUGCGUGCUGCUUUCCCGCAGCCGAAAGAGGAAAAUGUUUAAAGACCAACAGAAGCGUGAAUCAUUGGACUGGGAGAAGCGAUUCAAUAUAAUUGUGGGAAGUGCAAGGGGGAUUUUGUAUCUUCAUCAAGAUUCCCGGCUUAACAUUAUUCAUCGGGAUCUUAAAGCAGGCAACGUUUUAUUGGAUGAGCAGAUGAUAGCAAAGAUUUCUGACUUUGGUAUGGCCAGAAUCUUUAGUGGUGAUAAGGACCCAAGAUCCACCAAUAUCAUCGUUGGAACUCAUGGAUACAUGGCUCCAGAGUAUGCCAUAGAUGGGCAAUUUUCCAUCAAAUCUGAUGUCUACAGCUUUGGCGUACUGCUCUUAGAAAUUGUCAGUGGCCAGGCAUAUAGUGGAUUUCACCUCUUUCAAAUAGGCUGUACCCUUACUGGAUAUGCCUGGACUUUGUGGUGCAAGGGGAGAAUGUCGGACUUCAUAGAUCCAGUUCUUGGAGAAUCAGCCUCAACAAGUCAAAUUUUAAAAUGUUUCCACAUUGGCCUACUAUGCGUUCAGGAGGACCCUGCAAGCAGACCUACGAUGUCAGCCAUUAUAAAUAUGCUUGAAAGUGAUUCGGCAAUUCUUCCAACCCCGCAACAACCCCCUCUGGUUUUUAGCAGUAGCAUCAGCAAUUCUAGCAAUUCAAUGACAGGCAAAAAUGGUUCUUCUAAAAGUGCCAGUACAAAGUCUUAAAGUUCAUCGAGGUCAAAGCACUCCCUUAGAUGAGCUUGGAAAAUUUAUUUGCACCUACAGAUCAGGUGAUCUGCUAAAUGACAUUGCCGUAUUAUCAAAGAACAUCUGUCAUGAUUUCGAAGAUUUGCAGUAAAGCCAUCUGUUUAUGUUUAUAGGCCCAACUACUUGCUUUAGAAACGGAUAUGUGGGUCAGAUUGAUGCAUAAUAAGCCCACUUUGGAUUCAAGGUGAGAUUAUA